CGAAUACUUUCUAGGACGUCGCUACGACGAACUCCUGCUUAACUUUAACGCAUAGAAAAUUUAGUCGGAGUAGACCUCAGGAUACGUUUAAAUAAUCUCAGUAGCAUUCUUAAGGAUCAAUUAUGAUAAUAAAAUAUCUCAAUAAUUUUUGUGUUCGCGCAGAUUUCAAAUUACACAGAAUGACAUGGAUAACCGCUUUAUUCGUGUUAUAUAUAUGAUUUAAAGACUAAAAUUUUGCGGAAAGUUGUUAAAUGUAUUCUAUUGCUAUUAUUGUGUUUAUAAGACGCUAAUUUAAACAUCUCGAGUAUAUUUUAGCUUAAAAACAACGUAUUACGUACAUGUCAUAUGUCAGAAUUCGUGUCAUUUCGUGAGUGUCAGAUUCCUUCUGUAAACAGCCAUACAUGGAGCAUCAUGGAAACUGUCAUGUCAUGAACCCCGCGUACCAUGCCAUGCAUUAUAAAGAUUACAAAUUUUUCAAAAGUUUAUUAAUUAAUUAAAAUUAAUUUAGAAUAUUGUGUUCAUUCUCAAAAUCAGUUUGAAAUUCAGUUAAUCUCUCUUAUUGUUUAUCCUUUUUCUGUUCAUCACACUAUUUACAGUGAAUGUGAAACGUGAGAAGUACCUGUGUAUACAUACAAUAAUUGCAUUAAAUAAAUAUGGAAGUAUUGAAUGACUGUUCGGCAUAUCUUAGUAAUUACGAAGUCUUGGACAUUUUAAAAAGUAUUAAAUCAAGCAAGAAGCAAAAGGGACAAAAUCAGUUGGCAACAAUAACGUAUCAAACAAUAAAGUAUUUAGAAGAUACACCCUGCUCUAAACAGUCUCCUGAGAAAAUUGAUGCAUUUCUGAAAGCCUUAGACUGUUUCAAAUUGACAAAGGGUGAAAAAUUAACUUUAUUGAAUCAGUGCCCUAAGACUGACAUUGAAAUACAAUUGAUUGUUGAAGAAAGUGAAGAGAGAUUAUCAGAAGAAGACGUUGCAAAGCUUUUAAGAGUAAUUGCAGAACAUUUAAAUUUAGAGGAAGAAAAAGAAAUACUAGAAAGUUGACACCGUUUAUAGAAGAAUGUUGUAUUUAAUCUUAUUUUUAUAUACAUAAGUCUAUAAUAAACAUCAUUUCAUUGACAUAAUAUUGUUCAGUAAAUAGUCUUGUGCACAAACUAUUUUA